UUGAAUUUGCCUUGAGAGCUUUAUUUGUGGACAGUUUAAUACACAAAGGUUUACCUGUCAAAAGCAUUUCUGACAGGUAAAGUCCUGUCAGAAAUGGUUUUAAACACGCCAAAUCCCGCACUGGAACUACUACACCCAGAAUGCCCUACGCAUGACAGGAAGUAGUCGUGGUUUCAAACAGCAAAUAUGGCGGCGCCCGUGCGAAGGAUGUUGGUGUCAGUGAGAAGAGGGCGCAUGUGGGCUGUCUUGGUUGACUCUGUGAAGUCACAGUUCUCUGCUUUCCAGUCCUCCAUACCACACAAUGCAAAGCAGCUGCACACCCACUCACGUCUGUGGGCCAAACCUGAGCUACAAGAACAGGCCUCUAGGACACCAGAGUACAUCCCCCAGCGCAAAGCCAAAAACCCUCUGAAGAAAGUAGGUCUGGCAUGGGCCAUUGGCUUUCCAUCUGGCAUCCUGCUCUUCCUGCUGGCAAAGAGGGAGGUGGAUAAAAAGCGUCUGGACCAGCUCAAAGUCCGACAGAGAAUGAAAGAAGCCAAUCUCGGGGAGUAUGACAGACCAAGAUUCAACAAGACAACCUAGCUGUCAUACCAUUUUUUUGGGUGGGGGGGCACAUUGAGGCUCUUAGAAGAUGGGAUUAAAUGAUUCACAGCUUUUAUUAUAAAAUAUUGUACAUUAUAUCUGUUCCUUUUUCCCCAAGUGUUUAAUGAACUGAUUGCAUUUAUGUUGAGUAAAACAUUAAAAUCAAAAUGUUUUCCUUGCCAAUAAAUCUAUUGUUUGGCAGAAGCGA